GUUUAUAAAGCAUCCUUCGUUCUCUCUCAAGGCUGUGUUCAUUCCCCCCUUCCGACAGCUGAGUCUUUAAAGCCCAUCUGCGUCUUUUUGUUGCCCCCCUUCUUUUUCACACAAGGUACGCGUCACCAUUCCAUUGCACGCAGCCACUGCGCAGAACCGUUGCCGCUGCACCGCGGAAGCACCGAUAGAAAAGCGGAAGAGCAGUCACUUUUCCCCUUGUUGUUCUCCCCACACUCCCCGACCAUAAACUUUCAUACAUCCUUAACAAAGAAGAUUUUAUUAUAGACGCUUUCACUCCAUACAUUCACCCGAUCUGUCCUUUUUUUUUCUUGGAUUUUCGUUUCCAUUGCUGUUCCAUUUUCCUUUUCCGUAACCAUGAUGGAUGUGAAGACGACAAAGACGUGGGAGGACCUCUCCCUCUGCCGCUCUGUCUCCACCAUCAGCAGCUCCGCCUCCACCGCCGAGGCCACCGCCGGCAACGACGUCUCCUCCUUCCUCUUCGACGACUGCCGCGACGAUGCCUCACUUGUGAAGUCGCCGUGCAAGUUUUGGCUGUGCGUCGGUCAUCUCAGCCUGGGCACGACGGACGCUGAGCUGAAGUCUCUCUUCUACCCCUACGGGGCCGACGAGGCCUUCACGGCGUGGGAGGGUCCGCAGAUGUCGGGGUUUGUGGGCUUUACCUCUCCGGAAAUGGCGGAUCUGGCGGCGCAGAAGAUGCACGCCUUCAUUCCACGCCGUCAGUCACAGGCGCUGGUGGUGCACCCUGUCUCUUUGGACGACGUCGCGCAGGCACGCAGCCGCUCACUCAAGUCGCUGUUGGCGGUGCUGUACAGCGAGUCAGCGCCACAGGCGAUCAGUGCGCUCAUUCAGCACAGUAAGCUCCCAGCCGCGAUGGCCGGUGAGGUGGCGACGGAGGUGGCUCGGGCCUCCCCUGUCGUCUUGCAGCGCCUCGUGUCCGCCCUGGCCGGUCUGUCCACGCAGUGGGCCGGCUUUGUUGCCUUCAACGAGGAGCUGCUGAAGCUGCUGCUGCGCUCGUUGCUGGAGGCGAAUGAGCUGAACCCCGCGCAGUCCAUCAACUGCGGUGCGGUGGUGGGCAACCUGUUCAUGUUGAACAUGAUCACCGGCGACCCUUACUACCUCGCCACCCGCCUGUUGCAGCGCGGGAGUCAGCAGCUGGCGCAGCUGGAGGGCGUCUGUGCGCUUGCCCACACCUGCACCCCCCUCACCACCUACCACAUCUCGCGAGCCGCCUUCUGGGCCCAGGUGACGGAGAUGGCGACGAUGGCGGCCGACGCUGAGACGAGCGAGGUCCUCCUUGGCCACCUGCGGCGCUACACGAAGUCAGCGACUCCGCAGUCCGCCGCUGCGUCGCUGCAGCCGGCGCGGGCGUCCCUCCCGCACCCCUUCUCCACCAUGCCGUGUCCCCCUCCGACGACGUCGCUGCCGCACCACACGCAGCCCUUUGUGCCGCUGUCCGCGCCACGCACGUUUGCGCAGCACUCGCGGCAGGACGAGGUAAAGCGGCGCACCAUUUACGUCUCGCACCUGCCCGGCCUGUUGCCGCAGAACAUGCUUCUGGAGCUCCUCACGGCGGCUGGCGCAGUGAACAAGAUCCGCAUCUGCGCCGGCACCGGCUACUGCACGCUGUUCGCCUUCGUCGAGAUGCGGACGCUGGAAGGCGCGCAGCGGGCCAUGAGCAUGAACGGGCUACAGCUGAUGGGCUUUGCCAUCCGCGUGCAAACGGCGCGGAACGCCGUGCAGGACGUCGUGAAGGAAGAUGCGCAUUUCGACUCCGACGGCAACCUGUUGCAGCCGUGCCUCUUUGGCGCGACGCAGGCUCCCCUGUCCCAGUGCCUCACGUCGAUGAGUUAG